UCAAUCAUAUUUCACGUUUUAUUGCAUGGUGGUUACGAUAUCGGAGAAGCUACGACGAGCAGGUGAAUCAAUAAACGAGUCAAGGAAUGCGUUUUGACAAUUGUAUUGCUUUCACAUUCUUAGAGUUUAUAAUUCCUAUGUAAAGUUAGUAGUGGAUUCAUUAUAAGUUUCUUUAUAUUAUGACCGUCCAAGUAUCGGACAUUCACAUUUUGAAUAUAUCAAGUUCAGAUUAUUUGAGCCGAAAACAUCGUGUGCAACAUAUAGUAUUAUGCUAAUAGGAAUGAUUCAUUAGGGAUUUAUUUAUCGGUAUUAUCUUCAUUGGGGGAAGGCAAUGUAAAGCAAUCGCUGGAUGGAUCAUAAGGUGUUCUAAUGUCAAUGAUCUAGUAGAUUGACAUGAAUGAGAAGACAUAAUGGCUCCUUCAGUGGGUGACACAGUAACUUCUCUUUUGCUUUCAUUUCUAUUACACAUUGUGUUCAAUGGAUUCAUCGGUACAUGUUUGACAUUACAUACAACAUUUACGGGGGAUAAUAUAAUAUAUUAUAUCGGAUGUGUUGAAUUCUUCCUUGGCUCCAUAAUGUAUAUAACUAAUGCAGUGAUGUCAAAACCCAAAGAGCCUAAAGUGAACAAUACUUGCGACCUCAUUGCUAAAUGAUCGCCCUCGCAUAAAUGAUUAAGACGUAUGUUGUCACCACCUGGAAAAAUUGCAUACAAUCCAAUGGACUCUGAAAUAUUUGGAUUAGUUGGUUAUGAUAUACGUUUUUGCGAAUCAUGGUCUGUCAUGCGUUGUCUUCAAGCAAGACUUGCAUGUUGUAUAUUCUUCUACCGUUCCACCAUUGCCUAAAGUAGCACGA